UAUGCUACAGCCCUCGCGGGGUCGCCUCGCAACAACGAUUUCCUUGUGUUUUGUUUUCACGAAGACACUGCUACUAUUAUCUCGAGGAGACACCAAACGAUACAAUUUUCCGCAGGUCUUUUUUUUCUUGCCUGUCAGAAUUAACGUUUGUGUGUUGAUGUACCCGUUCACAUCUUGUUUUGUUGGGUGCCCGUUCGUGACAGGCGAAACUAACUAGCUAGGCUCUGGCUUGCUAGUCAGUUAGCCAAGUGUCAAGACGGAUCCAGCUGACUGAACUGAACCUCACAUAAUACGACUGUACGAAACCCAUCUGAUCCGUCUCAGAAGAAAGAAAAUGUCGAUCAAACACGUGUCAUGUUAAUUUAAACACUUCUGUCGGUUCGGAGCGGGUUCUGUUAUUACGCGGCUAACGUUAGCUGGUUAGCUGACUUUAACAGCCGUGUUACUGGUGUCGUACGCCUUAACAACUGCUUAACUUAUUUGUUUUGAUCGGGUUGUGUUGGAGAAAUGGGUUCAAUUCUUAGUCGAAGAAUCGCUGGUGUUGAGGACAUCGACAUCCAGGCUAAUUCAGCGUACAGAUAUCCCCCAAAAUCAGGAAACUAUUUUGCAAGCCACUUUUUCAUGGGAGGAGAGAAGUUUGACACCCCUCAUCCAGAGGGUUACCUUUUCGGGGAGAACAUGGAUCUCAACUUUCUUGGUAACCGCCCAGUGCAGUUUCCCUAUGUUACUCCAGCACCUCAUGAGCCAGUCAAGACUUUGAGAAGUCUUGUCAACAUCAGAAAAGACUCGUUACGAUUAGUCAGGUAUAAAGAUGAUGCUGAUACUCCUACUGAUGAAGGCAUAAAACCGAGGGCCUUAUAUGGAGUGGAGUUCACCUUUGACUCAGAUGCGCGAGUGGCCAUCACCAUCUACUGCCAGGCUUUUGAGGAGUUCUCCAAUGGGAUGGCAAUGUACAGCCCCAAAACCCCUGCAUUGGUCUCUGAAACCGUAUAUUACAAAAGAGGGGUUAGCCAGCAGUUUACCCUGCCAUCCUUCAAGAUUGAUUUCUCUGAAUGGAAGGAAGAAGAUCUUAACUUUGAUUUGGACAGAGGUGUUUUUCCCAUGGUGAUUCAGGCUGUGGUCGAUGAAGGAGAUGAUUGUUUGGGACAUGCGCAUGUACUACUGGCAGCAUUUGAAAGACAUGUCGAUGGCAGUUUCUCAGUGAAACCAUUGAAGCAGAAACAAAUAGUGGAUCGUGUUAGUUACUUGUUACAGGAGAUUUAUGGAAUUGAGAACAAGAACAAUCAAGAGACAAAGCCAUCCGACGAUGAAAACAGUGACAACAGCAAUGAGUGUGUGGUGUGUCUGUCGGAUCUGCGGGACACUCUGAUUUUACCUUGUAGGCACUUGUGUUUGUGUAACUCUUGUGCUGAUACUCUACGCUACCAGGCCAACAAUUGCCCGAUCUGCCGACUACCAUUUCGAGCCCUUCUUCAGAUCCGAGCUGUAAGAAAGAAGCCUGGAGCACUUUCUCCUGUUUCCUUCAGCCCAGUGUUAGCGCAGAGCAUGGACCAUGAUGAGCACUCAAGCUCAGACUCCGUUCCCCCUGGCUUUGAGCCCAUCUCCCUGCUGGAGGCUUUGAACGGUCUUGGUGCCGUGUCCCCUGGCAUUCCUUCUGCGCCUCUGUAUGACGAGAUCAACUUCUCUGGGAGCCUGAGUGGAGAGAGCCGGCAACUCAGUUCGCCUGACCACUCUGGAGACAGUGCCGGACAGAAGAGCAAAGUCAGCAAGUCACCAGACAGCACUCUACGCUCUCCAUCAUCACCCAUUCAGGAGGAGGAUGAAGAAAAACUGUCUGAGAUGUCUGAUGCACAAGCUCAUAUGCUGCUGUCCAGCAGUCCCGCCCCCACUGAGGGUACGGCUGGGGAGGACGCCCCUGAUUCACUCUCUCCUGAAGAUGAGGAUGGACUGAAUUUGGAGGAUGAGGCCAUGAAUGACUGUAGCAGCGAGCACAGCAGCUAUACCAAAACUGAAAGUGACCCACCUGGAGACCUUUCCCUCCCUGCUCUAGGUCCUGAUUCCUGCUCUAUUGGUAUGGAAGAGUAACUGGAUUGUCUGGCUCAACUGAAAGUCUGAACACUCAGAGUACCUGGUGCUCCAGCCAGCCUCUCCUCGGUCCCUCAAGCCAUUUUCACAUGGACGAUGAAGAACUGGAUAUUUAACCAUCUCCUCUGAAGACUAUGUACAUCCCGACAUUAACUUUCCUUUAAUGUCAUCACAUUGCAGUUUGAUGCACUCCCAUUCCAGUAUCCAACUUUUAUUAUAUGAGUGACUCCAGUUUCAGUCCUUUUGUUUUUGAACAUAACUGGCUGAGGCUGAUGAGAUUUGUUCUGGUUGUCUGUUAUAUUUCUUUGUGCUUGAUUUUAGGGCUCUAUUUCAUCAAGUUGCCUACUUAAUUCACUCAAAAGUGAUCACCCUCACAUUAUUCAAACCAUGCAUUAUUUUCUUUCUUCCAUGAUUUAGAAUGUCCAAGCUUCUUUUAUCCAUAUUUUGAAAGUGGAUGGUGAUUUGAUAAGCUCCAUAAAGCACUGUAAAAUAAAAUAUCAUUAGUCUGUACUACAUAUCAAUAUGCUAUAUAUUAUUCUUCUGAAGCCAUACAGUAUGAUUUGUGUGAUAAACUCUAAACCAAACUCCGUCUAAUAAUAUUCCCCUCAGUUAAACAAACAAACAAAAAAAGCCUUUAUGGACUAUUUUUAUCAAACUUUUGAAGCUUCGCCAUCCAUCUUUUCAUGGUAAAAGACACAAUAUAUGGUUAUAAUGACAUGAAGGUGAAUAAACAGUGAUAAUUUUCCAUGGUAGAAGGAUGUUGCAGGUGCAUCUAUGGUUCCAAAAGGCAUAUUUUAAGAGCAUAGUUGAGGAGGUUGAGGGAGCAGAACGCCAUCUCAAUGCUUGGUUAUGUGAUACUUAAUAUAGACCUUUGAUCUGGACUAUAUUAUAACACUUAUUAACAUACAGCAGGUUUAUAGACAAAGCACAUUUAAAUAAAAACUCAUUUCAGGAUAUCUCUAAGACUAAACAAAAGUGGUGACUCGAUAAAUUAAACUCAUUAGUAAAUAAUACAGAAAUAUAACUGCAUUUGAAAUGUUUUUAGUAAGUGCUUAAAUGUCCUGAACUUAUUUUUUGUGUGCUGCCUGAAGACAGUCAGAAAACACCUCGGAAUAUAUACAUUCAUGAUUUCAGAUGUAAUAUUUAUAGUGAUCAGAUAAUGUUGAAAAUGGUUGACUUGUCAGUUUAAUGACAAAAAUAUUGUGUGGUCUAACAGUGCUUUAAAUGUGCUUGCUUGUUCAGCUAUUUAUGCUCUUUAAAACUUUAAGGACUAAAAAAAGCCAUGAUGGACUCUAUGUACCUCUUUAUUUGCUAUAUAAAUAUUGUUGAAGUAUUAAGUACUUCAACAUGUGAAGGCAUUCCUUUCAUGUGUCGGUUCAGAUGUUAUUUAAUCGCUUUAGCGUUGUAAAUAUUUGGCAGGUUGGUUGUAUUUCUUCACAGCAGGACCUUGUAUUUUUAAGAAAGGAAAGAACAGCUCAAUGAACAAGUCACAAGAAGCAUGAAAUCUCAUUGUUCUCCUCAAACAUGCAGAUAUGCCGUGUCUUGUAGCAUUAUGCACAGAGGUUUAUGUGCCUUUAAAAAACAAAGCAAAUGUUGCUAUAGCUUUUGCUCAUAGCUGUGCUGUUCAUCUUUAAAGCUGUAACCUUUAACCUUGAUUUACAUUUAUGGAUUACAUGUGUGGCUACUUAUUUGUUAUGUCCAUUUUGAAGAGCAGAUCAUUUUAAAUUGAUAUUAAGAAGGUAAUGUAUUGCUUAUACUGAACAUGAAUACAAAUAAACUUUGUAAUGCUAUGAUACAUGAUUUUUGUUUAGUAUCAAUAUUUAGCAAUUUAUCAGUAUUUUAUCUGUUAAUACUAACUAAGCUGCUCUGUUUAUGUAUUUUAAACAAAUGUAAAAAGAAAUGUUCUGAUUAUGAAUGGUGUUGAGUUAAUUGCUUAAAGCUUUGCAUGAUAAUAUUUAUGUAUGGAAUAUGCAUAUUAUUUUAUUUCCUCAGAUAAUGUGCCAUUUUAAUUAAAUAUUCCACUGUGCCUUCUUGUUCCUCACUUGUGGGAAGUGAAUUUAAAGCAUACUUUUAAAAAAGAAAACUAAUUCUGGAAGUAAUACUUUAAGACUUCAUAUUUCAUACAUCAUUGUGUACUGUAUUAUGGAACAACUGUUGUAUUUAAAUUGAAUGAGUUCUGUAUCCUAAAUGUGAAAUUGAAACCUUUCA